AUGCUCGUCCGCCGCACCCUCCCCUCCUUCCGGCCGGCGCUGCGACCCAAACCUCGACAUGCCGUACGCCACCAAAGCUCGAACCAAACCACCUCAGCCAAACCAGCCAAGCCCGCGAGCGCGCCAGCGACCACUGCCGCUUCCCUCUCCCACCCACAGUCCCGGUCUCGACCGCAUCUCGACCGCCUCCCACAGCGGCUCAGCCUGGGUGCGCGACGGCGCCGAGAAGGCGGAGCGCUAUUCAGUCGCAAGGGCUGGUUCGGGUUCGAGGCCGCAGAUCGCGGGGCAGUAGCGGGGGCGUUCGCUCGGUCUGGCGACGCGGAGGCGGGGGACACGAGAGGACAGCUGGAACAGUGGCAGAGGGAUGACGAGAGGUACAAGGUUGUUGUGGAGGUUGCGCUCGCGUGGGCUGUGACCAAGGCGCUGCUGCCCGCGAGAAUUAUCUUGAGUGUCUGGGGAACACCGGGAACGGUAGCUCUGUGGAAGAAAAUCAUCCGUAGAGGGCGGUAA